CUACUUGUUCGGUGAGUCCGUCGACGAAGGUUGCGCGCAGAGGUUUUGUGGAGAAACAAGUUGCAUGCUGUUUUUGUUCUCCCUCUUUUUUUGCCCCGCCGCCAGCUCUUCUUCUCCAACAAUAAAAAAAAAGCCCGUCGCGUAUUCUAUUCUUGUCUUUUUGCUACAACGGCAGGCGACUAAUCUUUGCGUCUUGCUUCUCUCGACUAGAUUUUUCGACAUACACACACAUUCAAAAUGUCUUCCGCCGAUGCCACCGAGCCCAAGGUCGAGCAGACCAACACUGAGGCCCCUGCUGCCUCCGUGACCGCCUCCUCUGUUUUCUCCAUGUUCGGCGGUGGUGAGAAGAAGGAGAAGAAGGAGGACGAGGACCGUGGCGACAACUCUGGAAGCGCAAAGGCUCAGCGCGAUGCCAAGGGCGAUGAGGAGGAGGCCCCCGAGAGCGAGGACGUUCACUUCGAGCCCGUCGUCAAGCUGACCGAGAAGGUCGACGUCAAGACCAACGAGGAGUCUGAGGAGCAGCUCUUCAAGAUGCGCGCCAAGCUGUUCAAGUUCGUCAAGGCCGUCAAGAAGGAUGGCGAGGAUGCCCCCGCCUCCACCGGCGAGUGGAAGGAGCGAGGAACUGGCGAUGUCAGGCUGCUCAAGCACAAGGAGAAUGACAAGGUCCGCCUGGUUAUGCGGCGAGAGAAGACGCUCAAGGUCUGCGCCAACCACUACAUUGUCCCCGAAAUCACCCUGUCCCCCAACGUUGGCUCCGACCGCAGCUGGGUGUGGAACGCUGCCGCUGAUGUCAGCGAGGGCGAGCCCGAGGCUGUUACCCUUGCUAUUCGAUUCGCCAACUCUGACAAUGCCAACCAGUUCAAGGAGGCCUUCCUGAAGGCCCAGAAGGACAGCGAGCACCUCUUCAAGGCCGCUGCCGGCGAGGAGGAGACCAAGGAGGAGGAGAAGACUGCUUAAGUUGAAGUUUUCUCGACCGACUUGUAUAACCCGAAACCAGUGCUUGCCGCUUCUCGAACCAUAAUUUUCCCCCUCCCCCUCGCAUCGGCUGUUGAUUAAACAGAAAAGAUGCUAGCACCACGACACCAUCCCACGCCCCAUCACGCCACAACACACAACACAUACAACGCAACGCAACACAAUACACUCCGCAAUACAGCACAUCGAUAUAUAAGAGGCCCCUGUACGAAGUUGAUGUAAACAGAGGCAGUCGAUCUGGAUUCAUGAAGACUGGAGGAGGUCCCCCCGGAUGAAAGUAAGCACCAAGUGGCGCAAGGCUUGGGGGGGAUUAGCAGAUAAUGGCAUUUGAUAGUAGAGCACCCUGACGCAAAGAAAUAAAAAGUUGAUACCAGAAG